AUGGUGCUGGCAGCUACAGCAGCCUCUGUUGUGUCUGCAGUGUGCACAGAAGCAGUGGGGCUACCUUGUGGGAGUGGCAGUGGCUCUGAUGGGUGCAACUACCUCCCUCACAUCUGUGGUGUCCUUUGUAGCAGAAGGUUAAUUUCUGGUGGCAGCAAUGGCAGCAGUGGUUGCAGCCACUUCCCUCACAUCUGCAGAGUCCACAGCUGCAGUGACGGGUCACCUGCAGGUCUGCUGCUCUGUGGGAAACUGCUCCAUGAUGGUGUAUGGAUCUGGGGCAGGACAAUGGCUCUGGUGACUGAGGUGGUGAUGGGUAAAUAUAGGAAAAUGGUCAGGCCUCCCUUGGAUGUUCGGAAUCUUGCCGAGUACUUGAUAUUACUUGCGGCAUAUAAUAGCCUUACUGAUAAACACCUGGCUGGAUAUUUCAACAACACAAGGAUAAGGCAACAUCUCUUAAAAUCAGGGCUGAUCACAAGAAGUGGAAGAAUACUUUCUGAAAAAGAAUACAAACUAAAUAUCAUGAAGCGGGAUCACCAAAAAUAUAUCCGGGAGUGCUUAGCCCAGGCUAUUUUCCAUAAGGUUCUUGAUAUGGAGCGUUAUCAUCAGCUUGAAAUAAAAAAGAAACUGGAGACCUUAGCUAGGAAGGAACGAAUUCAGAGAUUUAAGAGAGAACAUACAAGACGGUCUAUUGAAAAUAACAUGCCAAUCCUGUCUCCCCGCCCCCCAGCUGGCCCAAAGACUAGCCGUGGCCAUAGUGUUCUGGUUGAUGAAGGACAUUCCAGCCCAUUAACACUGACAGCCCCUCGACCAUAUACUGCCCCAGGAAAUAUGCAGCCUCCAAUGCGAUUACAGCCUCUUCCCAGUAAUCCUGCAGUAGGAACUGUUCCAAAGAUAACUUCGAGGUUCAGAUCAAAAACCUCAUUGCUGGACAAUGAAGCUCCAUUUCCCAUUGGGAGCAAGAAGGCAGUGUUGAAGUUCAGGACCUACAUGGAAAAUUCAAAGAGAAUGAAUCCAUAUCAACUUCCCAACAUUAACAGUUACAUGAUGCCUAUUCCUCCUCCACCUCCUCCGCCAAAUGAAAAAAUCACAAGGGAAAGUAGAUCUGAAACGUGGAGGAGAAGAUUUCGUCCAACCACUGCUCCAAAUGGCUUAGAACCUCUCUUUACCAGGGAUUCAAGAAGGAUUCAUAAAACAUCACUGCAUAGUAAUGCAGCUAUUACGAUGAUCUAUUUGGGGAAAAAUGUGCACCUAUCUUAUGAUGACCCAGACUUCCGAGAUGAAAUAAAGGUUUAUCAGCAGCACUGUGGUGGGGAAAACCUUUGUGUCUACAAAGGCAAUCUACUUGAAAAAGAGACCUUUCAGUUUAUUUCCAAAAGGCACCAUGGUUUUCCCUUCAGUCUCACCUUUUUCCUGAAUGGGAUGCAGGUGAACAGGCUAAGUUCCUGCUGUGAAUACAAGCAUCGAAAAGGUUCCAGACUUGGAGGCAAACGAGGCUACUUUGGGUUUGUGUGUGUCGAGAGAUCAUCUCCUUGCUACAAAUGCAUUAUUGCGAUGGGCCUCGACAAAAGAACAUCUUCACCAAAACCUAGGAAAGAAAAGAGCACUGAGAAGAGAGAGGAAGUGAAGAAAGGUGAGGGAAAACUGAGGAAUGAUAGAAAGCACUUGAUACCAAGAAGAAAUGAGACCAAGGAGAACAGAGUCUCAGCCAUUUUUUCAGCUAAAGAAAUAAAAACAAGGGUCAGAGAAGUGAGAACUGCUGUGGAAGAAAUGGAAUGUAAAGGAAAACCAGGACAAGAUGUUUGGGAAGAUGACCAGGAACAUGCUUUUAAAUAUGAAUAUGAAGAAGAUUUUGAAGUAGUUGAGGAGAAACAAGAUGAAAAAGCUAAUGAAAAAGGAAAGGCUGAUGAUAAAAUGAAUGGAAUAUCAAAGUCACCCUCAGAUGAUGAAACAGAUCAUUUAGACCCUGAAAAGGACAGUGAAACCUUGUCCCAGAAGGCAACAGAUGCUGAUGACAACGUGAAAGAUGAGGAUGACAGAUGCUCUGAGAGUGAAUUGGAAGAUGAUAAACAAGAUAUAAAAACUGCUUCGUCAGCUUCAACCAGAAGUCACCCAUAUUCGAGUGGCAGUGAAGAGGAACCUGCAGUGGGGGACAGGGAAGCUCCUGAUGAAAACAGUACAGAUGAAAGCCCCAGAAGUUUAUCUUCUGAGGAGUUGAGGGCAAAUGAUGAGCCAGGAAAAUCCCGCCUUGCAACUGUGGAAUCCUUCAAAACUGAACGUGAAGAACAAGAAAUAACAAAAGCUGAUGUGGAUCCCAAGCCUCUGCCAGCAGGGGAAAGCUUUGAGAAUGUUCUUACAGAAGAAACGGAGAAAGGUACCCAGGGGAUUACAGACAGUUUGUCUGAGAAGUCUAGGAAACAUGUUUCUGAGGAAGAGAAGGAAAAAGAUAAGAGUAAGCUUUGGGAAGGAAGCACUGCUAAGGUGAAGGACGAAAAGGCAGGUGUCCCUGGGGUGGAGAAAGGUGGUAAGGGAUCACAACCCUUGGCUUGGUGUUUGUAGAUGGGAGCCUCAAAUGGGAAUUUAGAGGUGGAGGAAAGAGCAGGUCUCACCUCAAACAAGGAACCCAAACAAGUUGCACAGGAAACGUAUCCAGUGGGGAAGAAGGAAGCAGCGGAGGAAGACGAAGCUCCCCAGCGUGGGGAUGGUGACCCAAUAGAGGAAAAGGGGGACACAGCACUGUGGGGAAAAGCAGGAGGUGUCGAGGUUCCCUUGGGGGAGUGGAAGCCGACGGUAGAACAGUCAGUGUUAGUAGAACAAUUUAGGGAGAAAAGAGUGAUCCCUCCGGGCAUAGCACGUGGGGCAGCGGCAGAAGCAGAAGGGGAUGGAAGUCUGGGUCAGGAAGGGUUGGAGCCCGCGGGAAAAGCAGCAAGUGACUCUGAGGGUCUGAAGGACGAUGAGGCUCCUGACGAGCGGGCCUUGACGCGAAUAGGGCUCAGGACAGAGAAGGCAGCUUCCGAAUGGGGACAAGGUUCGGAGAAGGCAGUACUUGCAAGCAAGGCAGCAGCUCUGCACUCGGAGCAUCUUUGGGAGGCAGCAGCCUUGAGAGAGGCAGUGACGCCGGAGAAUGGAGAGGCUGGGAGCGGGGCGGCUGGGAGUGCGGCGGGGGCCACACAGCCAGAUAUGGACGGACGUGGACAGGAAGCGGCCACGGACCUAGAGGACAGGGGCCCCGUGGAAGACGCUGCAUCCCAGACAGAGGGUGGUUCUGGAGGGGCAAUGGUUGGGGGAGAGAAACCAUCCAGAGAGAGGAAGGAAGUUAUGGGGACGGAAACACCCUGGAGCUCCUCCACAGGAGAGACAGGGGCGGCCAGGGCAGGGGAGUCAGAGGGCAGGCCUGAGGAGCUGCGCGAGGAAGACGCACAAGGGGAGGAGAGGGUGACCGAGGCAGACCCCAACAGGGAACAUGAGAGGAGAGAAAUGUCACCUGAGGAAUCAGAUGGAGCAAGAGAAAGGAGGAGAGCUGAGAGGCCAGAAGCACCUCUGAGGGAAACUGAACCUGAGAGAGAAGAGGCGACAAAGGCAGAUGCACCUAAGGAUGAAGAUGUUCUAGAAGAAGAGCAAACUCUUAAAGGGGAAGAGGGGGAAACAGUGAAGGAAGGGAGAUCUGAGGAAGAGACAAAAGCCCCCCACAGUGAAAUUGGCUCUGGUGCUGAGGAUGAAGCGCCUGCUGAGGCAUCUGAAUUGACUGAAGAUACAGGAUUUCCAGAAAAUUCACUAACAGAGAGAGGGGUUUCCAUGUUUGAAGCAAGACCUGGAUCUGAAGAGUCACUGGAAAACCUAACAACUCUGAGGAAGGAUGGAGAAGGGGAAAGACUGAUCGCAGCCAGAGACACGGAGCACAGGGGCCGAGCAGAGCUGCUGGCCAGGGAGGACGUGGCCCCGUCCGAGCAGGAGCUGGGGCCCCCCCACCAUGGAGGGGGCGCGUCAGGAGCUCCCGCAAGCCAGCCGGCAGGGAAGGCCCAGACACCUGAGGUGACGACCACAGCCACAGGUGAGGCCGAGGAUCCAGACUGCCUUGCAGAACUGCAGGGAAGGGAGGAAGAAGGGCCUCUGCAGGGGCAAGAAGGAGCUGGGGUCAAGCUUAUGAUCCAGGAAGAUGUUCCUGAGGGAGAUCCCAUGAUGGCAGGAAAGUUCCAUGAAGGAGAGAUGGAUAAGGACCCAGAGAAGGAGGAGGACGAAGAGUGUGCUCUGGGGACGGGAGAGAUGAAGGACAGGAACACAGAGGGGGAUGGGGACACGGGAGGAGGAGCAGUCAUGGCUGAGGAAGGUCUCCAAGGAGGAGGAAAGUCAGACAUGGCCGCAGAGAAGAGGGAGGUGUGGGCAGAUUCCAAGACAGCUGAGGGGCAGACAGUAGCAGAGAAAGCCUCCCCCUCUUCAGAUGUUGCUGGGGAGGAAACUUGGCACAGAGAGGAUGAGUUACUAGGAAAAGCAACAGCUGCAGAGAAGGUGGUGGUAGAGGAAAUAGCGCUGAGCAGGGAGGAGGUGCCAGCGGUGGAGGAGGUGACAGCGACAUCAACGCCAGAGGCUGGGGUGGGAGCCACAGGAGAACCCUCCGAUGCAGAAAGGAAGGUCCCUCAGCUAGGACAGGAUCAGGAGGGAGGGGAGGUGGAGAGCACUCAGCGUGCAGGGUCGGCAGGAGGGGAGGCAGGGACCCGGAGUGGUGAUGGGGGGCCGGGGCCGGGAGCUGCUGAAGAAUUCAGACUGAGUAGAGAGAGUCUGCAGGCGGCGGCAACACCUCCUGCCAAGCCCGAUUUUGCUGGAACCCAAGAGAAGCAAGAGCAGAUGGUGCAAAGGGAAAGUGAGGAUGCAGAUGUUUCCCUGAACAACAGGAGGGCCUAG